CCAAAUCCUCGCUUCCCUCGCAGCGGCGCAUCGCAGCGCCACGCCAGCGCGCCUCCCUCGCAUCUCCGUCAGCCACGUCAUCACCACAGUCACCACCACCACAAUCACCAUCACCAUCGAUAUCAUCAUCCCAUCACCAGCAGCAACAGCAGCAGGCAUCACGGGAGCACCGCACAGGAGCACAGAAUGGGCACGCAGGGACCAUGGCUGCAUGUGCUGCUGCAGUGCUCUCCGCCACUCUGCUCUGGCAGCAGCCCGCUCUAGCGCAGGACGUCUCCAUAUCAUCACCAGCAGCAGCAGUGUUUGAGCGCACGUGUGCCGGCUGCCAUGCUGGGGGAGGGAACCUGCUUAAACCGGGUGCGGGCCUCUCACUCGCUGAUCUCCAAAGGAACGGGCUCACCUCAGCAGACGACAUUGCCAGGGUCACUGCAUUCGGCAUCGGUCGCAUGCCUGGCUAUGGGGAGGACUGCAAACCAAGGGGCCAGUGCACGUUCGGCCCGCGUCUGAGUGCUGACGUCAUCCGCCAGCUGGCAGAGUACACCCUGUCACAGGCAGAGGCAGGAUGGCCACGCUGA